AUGACAUCAUCAAUGCACGUGACCAGCCCUCGCCUGGUGCUAAUAAAAGAUAUGACACCCCAAAUGAAGAAUUUUGAAUGCGAAGUGAUUGUGAUUCAAAAGGACCCUGAACCCCACUUUACUCGUCUUGGUGAAGGGAUCUAUAAAGCUCUGGUAGCUGAUCGUACAGCAAGCAUUUCACUUAAUGUGUUUGGAACCAAAGGAAGUUUACUUAAGCAUGGCGAUAUAUUGCACAUCCGGGGAGCGCAGAACAGAUUAUAUCAAGGGCAGUUGAGCCUUUCGGUCAUGAAAGAAGGUGACAUCAAAAGAAUAGGCCAAGACACUUUCCCGUUUGUAGAAAAGCCCAAUCUAUCGGAAGCUGAGAUUACACCGCACCGAGCACCCAAUCAGUUCAGACAAGAUCAAGCCUCGUUUCCUGAUCAAUCCCAACGAGCAGUCAAUCCUCAAAGACUUGCCAAUCGUCCUCAGCGUGGCCAUGGAAACUUUUCAAAGGGAAGAAAACCUAGAUCUGGCAACCAGCGUGAUCUAGACCAACCUACAGACAAUAGAAUCCCGAACAACAACAACAACAACAACAAUAUAAUAGUAAUAGUAAUAGUAACAAUUAACAAUAACAACAAUAACAACAACAUCAUCAAGGCUCCAUCAAGAGACCCUCGUCUAAAGCGACCUGCAGAUACCCAACCUCUUGAGAUACAGCAAAAGACACGUCGGAAGAAUCCACAUCAUAUUUGGUUUGUUUUGGUCAUGACUAUUUGGAUUGUACUUGAAGUAUGGGGUUCUUUGUUAGAUGAAUAA